UCUCUUCAGUCUGACUGAUCCUGCGGAGACUGUAAGACAUCAGAGGACUCGCGUGCUUCACAUGUUCUCUCCUUCUGCAACUUGUCGCGUGAGGAUUUUUAAAUCCGAAACAGAAAAAUAACCGUUAAGGAUUUAAAUUGUAACGGAAAUCCGGUGGAGGCUGUGAGGGGUGUGGAGAGACCCGCGAUGUUUAACUGAGCACAGCUUCAGAGGUCUUGUGGAGUCCGUGCUUCGACGAGUCAGAGCUGUUUUGGCAGUACAAAAGGGACCUACACAAUAUUAGGUGUCUGAGGUCACACACUUAUACGCAGCAUGACCAGUCAACCUUCUGUCUGCUCCACUGGCUUCAGCCACGUGUAACCUGGAGCUACAUCCUGCCCAGGAAGCGUGUUGCAUAAAAUGUCAGCGUGCAGUGAGUUUGCAGAGCACGUGUGGAAACCGGGAUCCUGUAAGAACUGCUUCCACCCACGUAGUGCCCACGCCAACGCUAAAGGCAGGAAGAGCUUGUGCGGGGACCAAGAGGAGGAUGAAGGCACCUCAGUUUCGCCCUAUAUCAAGCCCACUAUUGCGGUCAAGCCCACCAUGAUGAAUUUGGACACCACUGAGAUGGCAGCAGAGUUUACCAUGAACGCACAGCAGGCCCAUAAGAGCCCGACUGGACUGAAGAACAUUCUGGAUCUGUCAUCGCAUUACAUCGACAGUAACGGCUGCAGUAAAGCUCUGAAGGAUGUGGUACUGCAGAAUGGCAUUUCCACAAAGCUGGAUUAUUCAAGCAGGACUCCUGUGUCUCCUAAAGCCCCGCCCACCACAGGCUGUGUGUUUAUCGUGCAGGAGGAAUGCCGCAAUCCUAUUGGUCUAAAAGAGAACUUAAGUCCACAGUUGGCCAAAACACCCAAGUGCACUUACAUCACUUCCUGUGAUUCACUUUUACAUAAUCAUAAACAGGAAGUGCAGGUGAAAACAAACACAGCUACAGGAAGCAUAAACGGGACUGUUAAUGGUGCAUCCACAGAGAUACUCAGUGUUUUUUCAUCACCCGCGGCAACCCCGGAAUCCCUUAAUAAUGCCAGUCUGUCGGAUUUGUUUUCACAUUGCAGCAGUACAGACUCGCUGACUGGCCUGGCCACGAUUCAGUCAGAGCCCGUCUAUGCUGAGAGCUCAAAGCGGAAAUGCCGUCCUCGCCGAAAUGCUGAGGUCAUCACCGAGGUCAGCGACGAUGGGGAAGGUCAAAGGGCGACCAUCACUGUCAUGGCCGCCCACACGGAGAAGAACAACUGCACCUUUUACCUGAGCAGCCCCGAUUCUGCCGUUAGCACUCAGUGGCUCCGUUUCAGCCCCAGGACCCCUGAUGACCCCUCCAGCCCUGUCUUCAACUGGCCAUCUUCCCCUGUCGUCAUGGGAACGACCCCAGUGUCCACAGGCCUGUCCAUGCAGACCAAAGCAAGCCCACCCAUUCCGCCCAAAAGAAGCUCACGUUCUCCAAAACUCGGCACGUCCAGUUUGUCUCCUCUUCCUGAGCUUAACUUCCACGUGACCCCGCCCUUAAAACUGUCUCAGGGUGACGCCCACUCCUCCUGUCCAGUGCUGAGCAGCUUGUGGAGUUCAGAGCCUCGAGCUGAGGAGGAGAAAAGGGAGGAGGAGGAGGAGGAGGAGAAUAAAACAGAAAGAGAAUGGAAGGACAAGUGUGACUCUACGCCUGGCACUGAUGAGAGAAACAACAGUCCCAGUGAGAACGAAGGCGAGAUGAAGUCUGACAGCAGCAGCAGUGAGCCCAGACCUCCACUGCCUCCACCCAAAAAACACCACCGCUCGUGUGUUAAGCUCAGCGUGAGCAGUAUGGAAUUGGAUCAGCGAGGAUCAGUGGAGUCACUCCCUCACUCAUUGAAGGAAAUGAGCACAGCCUCUUCAGAUAGCCUGCCGGCUCUGUCCGAUUCUGCUGUUCAGGAGUCGACUCAGCGCUCCUGUCCCGCCCUGUUCCCGAAUCCGAGUCUCUGUCCCCCGCCAUUACCGGAGAAAAAGCUCCUGAGCCGCACCACCUCCUCUGACACCGAGACGAAGGUCAAAGGACACGCUGUCACUUCCUGUUCGUCUCCUCAGCUCUCAUAUUCAUCCUCGACGUCUCUGCAGACACUCCUGAGCAGCGGGGCAAGUCGGGAGUGUGUGUACGCACGGUUGGGUGGACUGUACGGCGAAUGUGUGCGCCGUUUGUCGCUGAAGUGUGAGGAGCGUUUCACACACACUCAGAAACACACACACCGCUUCUUCAACGAGCACGAGUGGAGUCUGUUCAAACUGAGCUGCAGCCGCGCCGUGUGUGUGACCAGGGACGCCGCAUACUACCCCGCCUCCUGCUCCUCUGACACACACACACCCUACGCUGUCAAGAUCUGUAAAGGCCAUACCCAGGAAGUGAGGCGGUCUCACCUGUUUGGUCUGUCUGUGCAGCAGUCGAUCCCACCCCACUUUAACCUGCAGCAGGACUGUGGUCACUUCAUCGCGUGCGUCCCUCUGAGCAUGCUCCCUGGCCAGGAAGAGACUCUAGUCCCACCUUCUUCCCCACCAGGCCCCACCCCUUCGGAUCAACAGGAGCGUGUGGUGGUGAUCACACGUGACGUGCCGAGUCAGAGUGUUGCAGACUUUGUGAGCGAGUAUCAGUCGUUCCAUCGUUCUCAUCCCGAGGUGUAUGAGCGGCGCGUGUGUUUCCUUCUGUUGCAGCUCUGUAAUGCUCUCGAGCACCUUAAAUCUCACGGCGUCACUCACCGCGACCUCUGCCUCGAAAACAUGCUCCUUGUGCCCCAGAGACGACCUCCGAACUCUGACCCCACCCCUCACGAGCCUUUACCUCGACUCCUAAUUAGCAACUUCUCCAAAGCGAAGCGGCGCUGUGAGACGGACGAGAAGCAGCGGUCUGAGCUGACCCGCAUGGCGCCCGAGAUCGUCUCUGCCUCUCAGUACCGCAAGGUCGACGAGUUCCAGACGGGUAUACUGAUCUACGAGAUGCUGCACCUGCCCAAUCCUUUCGAAUCCGUCCCAUCACUCCGAAACCGUCAUUACCGCAUCGAGGAGCUCCCCUCCAUCCCAUCCGUUUCCAUCUACUCAUCCGGACUGGAGCGCCUCGCCCGUCUCCUGUUGCGUCCCGACCCGGACGAGAGGAUCCAUAUUGUAGAGGCUAAGCGCGGCCUGCAGAGUCUGCUGUGGGGGCCGCGCCGGGAGCUCCUCGACCGCGUCUCUACUGACAACAGGAAGGACAAGGACCACGACACGCUGUUGAACUGGCUGGAUGUGAAGCGUGCGCUGCUCAUGAUGAAGUUUGCCGAGCGCUCGCUGGAACCCGAGAAGAGCACGGAGCUUGAGGACUGGCUCUGCUGUCAGUAUUUCUCCAGCACACACACACCGUCCCUGUUGCACACUGCCCAGAUGAUGCACAUCAUCAAACCCUCACAGUGAGUGAGUGCGCGAGUGAGUGCUCGAGUGAGUGCUACAUUCAAGUAUUGUCUGCAUCCCUUUCUCCAUUCCUGCUGUUUUUAAGGUCUUAUAGUUGUGAAACAGCGAGACAUACACGUGUCUGCUUUGAGCACAUUAUUCAUGAUGGUGCACUUUGUUUCAUAGGUUUCAGCACUCCUGCUGGGUUUUAAACACAUCUUAAAAUCGUUCUCACUGCCACAGAGAGACCGCUGUCCUCCUGAGUGUGUGUGUGUGAUUUUCCACGUGCGCUCGGUCAGCAGAAAUGCCUCAGUAAAGACAGAGAGGGACUUACAGCUGUGUGCUGAUAUUAAGUCUCUAUUACUGUUGUGGUGAGACAUUUCAUGUGCAUUUCUAUACAUUUCAGCACUGACAUUACCUCAUAUUGUCUAGUGUUACUGUAAGAAUCAUUAUUCAGUUGCUAACUUAAGCCUCUGCUGUUGGAUACAGUAGUGCACACUCCUUCACCUGCCUAUGGCUGUAAUAUAGACAUACCAUGCAGUUAUACCAUUUUUUUUGUUAUUAACAUUUAACACUGAGAUCCUGAACUCUUUAUUUGCCGAUGACCCUUAAAAAUGCAUAUAUUAAUAGACAAUGUGCAGAUUGGUUGCUAGAAAACACUGAGCACCAAUCAGAGUUGAGAUUUGCUGUACCGAGUCACACAGUGAAACGCUUUGAUUCCUCGAACAUGAUGUUCAUGCCAUAUCUGAUCAUAUUUAAAUAACAUUGCAGGGUUUACAACAACAAUAAUAAUAGAUGUCUGUAGUCUAAAGGCAGUCUUUAUACACUGUGCUGUGGUGUGUUCAGACUGUUAAAAAAAAAAUUAAUAAAUAAAAAAAGAAUUAAAAAUGUAUCAAACUUGAUUAUCUCCAGAAAGAGUGAAACUGAAAUUUUACUCAUUUAUACAUGUGUAUGGAAACUGUGUGAAGCAGGUUUUAAUGAGCAUUAGUCUGAUCUCUGAAAUGCCUGUUUGUUUGUCUAUGAUUAGCCAGCGUGUACGGUGUUUGUUUGUUUUUUUUACAGCUGAUAUUCGAUGCGAAAAUCACUGUAGUGAUGCUGUGAGUUGAAAACGACGCUCUGAAUAUUAUCGCCUGUAAUGAACCUGCUGGAAAUUCAUCAAUAAACUGUAAAUAUCUUUUCAGAA